AUGCUGCAGCUGGGAGAUGAGGUGACUCUGUUCUCGGUCCUCUUCGUGCUGGUCCUGCUGGGCUCCCGGAGCCCGCUGUGGUCCACAGCCCUCACCGCCUCGCUCUACCUCUUCCUCACCGUGUUCCGGUUCCCCCAGGUACCGGCCAGCCGAGCCCGGCAGGUGCUGCACCCGGACAAGGGCGCGGUGGGCUCCGGGCAGGUGUCAGUGGUCGCACACCGGGGCGGUGGACACGACGCACCGGAGAACACCUUAGUCUCCAUCCGGGAGGCCAGUAAGAAUGGGGCGACGGGCGUGGAGUUGGACCUGGAGUUCACAGCAGACGGCGUCCCAAUACUAAUGCACGACGAGACUGUGGACCGGACCACCAACGGGUCGGGACCUCUCAGCCAGAUGAAACUGUCCGAGUUGGGUAAACUGGACGCAGCUGCUAAACAUCGUCUCUGGGACAAGUUUGCUGGAGAGAAGAUCCCAACUCUGGAGGAGGCGGUGGAGGAAUGCAUCAAACUGCAGCUCACCAUCUACUUUGAUGUCAAAGGUCAUCCAAAUGAGGCAGCCGAAGCUCUGAAAAAAUUGUUCAAAAAACAUCCAGUCCUCUACAACAGCAGCAUCGUCUGCUCCUUUGAGCCUAAAGUCAUCUACAGGAUGAGGCAGAGCGACCCAGAAGUGGUCACGGCAUUGACCCACCGGCCAUGGAGCCUGAGUCGGCUCGGAGAUGGUGCCCCGCGUUUCUCGUCGCUAUGGAAACACCAUUGGAUGACACUAAUGGACGUGGUGUUGGACUGGGCGCACCAUCACGUGCUGUGGAAGCUCUGUGGCAUCUCAGCCUUCCUUGUACAGAAGAACUUUGUCUCACCGAACUAUGCCCAGUACUGGGCCCAGAGGGGGGUGGAAGUGGUAGCCUGGACAGUCAACACAAAAGUGGAGAAAGAUUACUACCAGGAGCAUCUGCAAGUCAACUACAUCACUGACAGCCUUGUGGAAGACUGUGAGCCCCAUUACUGAGAAACACAUGAACCCACUACAGGAUGUGUUCACACACAUACUCAUUAAACAAAAUAAUCAAAUCCCUAUGAAAGGACCGUUUCACUGUCUACUUGUCACCCAUAAUGUGGCAUCAGGUAAGAGAACGUAUGCCAAUCUUAUUCCCAUGCACACUGUUAUUAUUGUGAGUGUGUGUAUGUCGAUUUGAGGUAAUCAAACUGACCAGACUAAAGUAUCUGUAAUAGACUUAAUCAAACGUACUGUAUUCACCAACUCAGGAAUGCAAUUUUUUGGGGGUUAUUGAGUCUUUCAAGGCCUACAGUAUAGUAUCAUAUACGGUCUGUGCUUUUUACUCAGUAAAGGCCAUUCGUCUGAUGUUAACUACCUAGAAAUGAUUUUAUUACUCAUAGAAAAUGAAUACUUGUUUAGAAGUAAUACAAAUGAACACUUUAUGUCUUUGAUAAAAUGCACAUAUGAAACUGAAAUGUAUUACUAUACUACUCAUAAAUGUUAUACUAUUCUGUCUUUCACAGGUUUUAUCGGGCUCAGUUUUAAAGCUAGAGUGAAGAUACUGGUAUCCUAUGAAACUACAAAGCCUAUUGCAUGUUGUGAAGAAUGCUAAAUAACAAUUCAAAGUUACAUUAAAUUUUUAGAAAGGAAAAA